AUGUCCUCUCACCAGCAGAAAUUGCUUGAUCAAAUCAAAAUCACCAAUAACAAGAUCUAUGAGCAUUUGCCAACUGAGAGGCGCCGUGGCUCCCUGCUGCAUUCGCUACCGAGACGUCAAAGGGACGGGCUUGUGUCGCUGAGGGCGGUGCUGACGCCGCCGCUACGACCUGCCAGUGUUGGCACAGAUCACGACCCGUCCAAACCUCGAAAACAAGGCCGUCCUAGGUUGUACCUGGCGACGGUGAUUGAAAUGACCGACCAAGCGUUUGUGGUGAGGAUCAAGUAUAAUGUACGCAAUCGGAAGGCGCAGAAACUUCUUGGGGCUGGCUCCAGGUCGUCGUCGUCUGCUGCUCCUGUUGAUAUCAAUGCUCCUCGGACUACCCGCUCUGUGAUCCAACGAAACCACCAGGUCAAUGGCUCUGCGCUGGCCACUCAAAGCACUUCCAGACAACUAGAACGGCGUCCACGGCCAGCGCCGAAAAUCAGCGUCACUCCUGAAGUUCCUGACCUAGACGAAGUAGACUUCAAGAUCAAGAAACGCGCCGCCUCCACUGGACCAAAACUCCCUGAAUUGCCAUAUAAAGGUGUUCUUCCUUUUCCUGAUUGUACUAUAAACGAAACAGACCCUACGUUUGAGGAUAGGGCGCUCUUUGAUCGGCUUUCGGUUGAGGCUGCUCAGCGUCGCCAGAGGGCAGAAAGCGAGAUAUUUCAGGACGCGGGUUCGAACGAUUCUGAUAGAAGUGUGGGACUUCUCAAGUCUCAGAUUCAGAAAAUCCAGUUCCGUGAUUAUGUUAUAGAUACUUGGUACUCGUCGCCUUACCCAGAAGAGUACUCUCGUCUGAAGAUCUUAUACAUCUGCGAACACUGCCUCAAGUAUAUGCGCUCACCUGUUUCCUUUGAAAGACAUCAACUAAAGAACUGCAAUCUGUCUAACUCACAUCCGCCUGGCGUGGAGAUUUAUAGAGAUCAGGACAGUAAAGUGGCCGUGUGGGAAGUCGAUGGCAGGAAGAACAUCGAGUACUGCCAGAAUUUGUGUCUUCUCGCGAAGUUGUUUCUUAAUUCCAAAACCUUGUACUAUGACGUUGAGCCCUUUACAUUUUACGUCUUGACUGAGCUCGACGAAAAGGAUCCAUCCAUGUACCAUUUCGUGGGGUACUUCUCCAAGGAGAAACUUAAUAAUUCAGAUUACAACGUCAGUUGUAUUCUUACCUUGCCAAUUUAUCAAAGAAAAGGUUACGGUAACUUUCUAAUUGACUUCAGUUACCUUUUAUCGCGUAACGAGUUCAAGUUUGGUACACCUGAAAAGCCAUUGAGCGAUCUAGGACUUCUCAGUUACCGUAACUAUUGGAAGAUCACGGUUGCCCAGACGCUUAAACUUAUUUACGAGGCUUAUUUAAAGCAAGGGAAGAAGAUCGUGCUUUCUCUAGAGGUUUUAUCUAAACUUACCGGUAUGAUCCCAUCAGAUAUUGUCGUUGGCCUCGAACAGCUUGAGGGUUUGAUUAAGAACCCCGAGACUGGCGAAUACGCUAUUGCUCUUAAUCUCCCCAAAAUUAACCAAGUUGUGACCAAAUUUGAACUGAAAAAUUACGUUACGAUCAAACCAGAGUUGAUCUUAUGGAAGCCAAUGAUCUUUGGUCCUUCUGGUGGUAUUAAUUCUGCGCCAGCUAUGUUGGCACAGGCACCUGCUUUAGAGCAGCUGCUCAGUACUACUGGUCAACCUAUUGUUCCACUCAACAACAGCAUUUCAAUGAUUUCAGAUUUUUUGAAGGACGAUAUCAACAAUCCUUUUACAUAUGAAGAAGAGGCUCAACGGGAGAUCGAACAUUUCUCGGAUGCUCUUAUCGAGCAAAAGCCAUCUGCUUUCGAUAUCGAUAUUGAUCAAUACGUGGUGUGCCAUCCAGAAUUCAAAGACGGUAUACCAAUUAAACUGGCUAACGCAGGAGGCGAAAAGGCAGUCAAGGAAGCCGCCGAACCCGUGGAACUUUCUGAUGAUGAGGAGCUGAGCGAAGAGGAUAACGCGGUAGAUCCUGAGUUCGAUACAGCAUCUGAAGUCGCUUUGGAGGAAGAGGAUGUGGAUGAAGAACCUGCUGUUGAUGAUGCUUUCGAUGAAGAUGAAGAAGAGGAAGAAGAAAGUGAUUCAGAGGAAGAGGAAAGUACUCCUAACGGUAUUAAUGGUAGAGUCGCACCAAGGUCUUUAAGAAGCCAAUCGAAUGGCCAGCAUCUCGAUACUGACGACCAUUCUGACGUUGAAGUACUCAGCGAUUUCGAUAAUCAGAACGAUGUAUCUGGUGACGAAGAUGACGAUGAAGAUCAAGCACCUAUCAAGUCAAAGUUACGCUCGCGGCCCCCAUCCAAAAGACCCUUAGAUGAACCUCCAACUCCAAGAAGAACAUCAGCCCGUUUUGCUCGUACGGGCGUACCAAUUUCUCCUGAGCAAACACGCCGUCUAAGGUCGGCCAUACAGAAUAGCAUAAGCAAAAUUGCAUCCCCCGACAAUGUCGGUUCGCUACGUCGCUCUUCAAGAAGGCGAUAG